AUGGCCACAGACCUGAAGUUGACAGGCUUCAGGUAUAACAUUGCUGCAGCCGUCUUUUUUAUCCCGUACAGCUUUGCCGAGGUCCCUUCGAACAUAGCACUCAAGCUAUUCAGGCCAUCGCGCUGGAUACCGUCUAUCAUGGUCGUGUGGGGUAUUGUAAUGACCCUUAUGUGUCUUGUCAGAUCAUAUCAAUCUCUCGUUGUAGCUCGAACGUUCCUCGGUUUCACCGAAGCAGGAUUAGUUCCUGGAGUAAAUUACUACAUCUGCCUUUGGUAUCCGCGUUCUGAACGGUCCAAACGCAUUGCCAUAUUCUUCUCCUCAGCAUCACUCGCAGGCGCCUUCGGUGGGCUCCUUGCGUAUGGUAUAGAGCGGAUGGAAGGAGUCGGAGGAUUGCAUGGUUGGCAAUGGAUUUUCUGCUUGGAAGGCAUUGCCACUGUCCUCGUCGCAAUUCUCUCUUUUUCCUACAUGCAUGAUUAUCCUGAAACGGCCAAAUUUUUGACCGAAUCAGAGAGAUCAUACAUCAUAGAUGUGCUGAAGCAGGAUUCUAAUCAUCUUUCCUCUCGCUUCGACACUCAAUUCAUCUGGCAAGCCAUAAAAGAUUACAAGACCUACGUCCAAAUUCUCAUUUAUUUAGGGUUGCUCGUCCCUGGUUAUGCCAUUGCCCUAUUCUCGCCAACCAUCAUCAACGAGCUUGGCUACUCUGCUGCGAAUGCCCAGCUACUCUCAGUCCCGCCAUUUGCUGCUGGUUGUAUCGGAACAAUCAUAGUUGGCAUCUAUUCUGACAAGCACAGACUUCGUGGUCCGUACAUCAUUGGUGGCGCGCUUGUUUCUCUUGUGGGAUACAUCUUGCUAUAUUGCAGCGUACGAGCGGGCCCCUCGUACGUGGGAGCUUGUCUGGCUGCUGCUGGGGUUUAUCCAACCGUCGCGAUUGCUCUGGCUUGGGCAGGCUCUAGUGCAGGAGGCGAUUUAAAACGUGGAGUUGCACUAGCAAUGGUCAUUGGUCUUGGUAAUCUCGGAGGUAUUUGCUCCUCCUUCAUUUACAUUGAUCCGCCACGCUUCCACAUCGGGCACGGCACGAUCAUGGGAUUCCUUUCUCUUGCGAUCAUAAUGAGUCUCUUUGCUAUGUGGGACUAUAAUCGGUUGAACAAAAAGAAAGAAGCGCAGUGCCUGGCGGAAAACAUUAGCGAAGAUAGAGGAUAUGAAUUCGAGGAUAUGGGCGAUGACAGUCCCCUUUUCAGGUGA